CGAAAUUCAUUGUAAACGAGAUUUAAUUUGUUGCUCAAAUAUGCGGCUGGCAACAAUUUUCCUUGUGGGUCUUUUGGGCACCUUGGGGGCCGCCAUCCCUUCACCCUUCAUUAUCGGAGGUGAACCGGCAGCGGAAGGGGAGUUUCCGUUCCUUGUAUCAGUGCAGGUGGACGUUUUCAUCAACACAUACAGGCACAAUUGUGGAGGAACUAUUCUCUCCGAGAGACACAUCUUGACGGCAGCGCAUUGCCUGACUGCAUGGGGACCACGUGACAUCCGCAUCGUCGCAGGUUCAGUGCAAGCGGGUUCGGGCGUCGGAGAUUUUUAUCGCGCAAUAAAUUUCACUCUGCAUGAAGACUACGACGAGAUCAAUGCGUGGAUCAAUGACGUGGCCAUUAUCACCCUCGAAACGCCCAUUGUCCUCAAACCUGGCCUGGUCGAAAUCGUGCCCUUGCCAGCUUUGGGCAGCGACCCUGCGGAAGGAGCGGCCGCCGUCGUCGCCGGCUGGGGAGACACGCAAGCGAGGUCGGAUAUCCUGCUGAGGGUGGACAUCAACAUUUGGGCGCAGAGGAACUGCCAGGAUAUUUACUACGGAAUUGGAUAUCCUGUCUACCCGGGACAGGUUUGCGCAGGAAUUCCAGAGGGAAACAAAGGCUCGUGUCAGGGUGACAGCGGUGGCCCCCUUGUUGUGAACGGCAUCCAACACGGAAUUGUGUCUUGGGCACUUGGUUGUGCAGAGCCUGGGUACCCAGCAGUCUUCACCCGAGUAAACUAUUACAUCGACUGGAUCCAGCAACACAUGAUUUAAACAAAAAAAUUUAAAUCAUCUCUUAGCUUAAAAAAUUGGUUUGUCUGUAAAAUAUAAAAUAAAAGCAAAAUAUUCUAAAAUCAUUUU